AUGCUCAACGCACAACGAUACACCCUACACUCGCCCUUUACCACCAUGGACACGCCAGCCCGAGACGCAGAAACCCACCACUCAUUUGAGGCGCCUCCUCCCUACUACAAUCCCACCACCACAGACAACACCACCACCACCUCAUCCUCCUCCUCCAUAUACCCCCUCGACGAAAAAGAUCUUCUCCUGACCCCGGGCUCCCACGAGCCCGGCCUCGCAACAUCCGCAGUCCUAACACGAGGCCUGCAAAUCCCAACCCGCACCGGCACCACCACCUCGGGCUUCCCUUACCCAGCAGAAUUGGCCCACUUCGGGAUCUCCCAACACCACUGGCAACAAUUCACAGAGCUCAUCUGUGAAGAGGCCAAGUUGUCGCGCCAGCAAUGGUCGACCGUCAUCGGCAAGGGUCUGGGCACACUUGCGCUGGGCGGGUUGAUGAUCGGGGCGUUGAGUGCGAUCCCCGCGAUCUGGAUGACCCGCCAUGUGAGGAGGCGUCAGGAGCAGCGGAACUUCAUCGCGGCGAUGGCUGGCGCGAGAGGCGAGAGACUGGCUACGCAUAUCUCCGAGUGGAAUGAGACGUUUUUCAGGCCGAGAGGGGUGAUGAUUCGGGUGGAUUUGCCGGAUGAGUAUAUCAAUGAGAUGGAUCAGAUGGAUGUGUAUCGCAAGGAUGGGAAGUAUAUGCGGUCAGUGGAGGAAGCGCGGGAUAAGGCUGCACUCAAAGCACGCAUCGUGAUUAUUCCCGUGGAUGUGCAUGUGGAUGUGCCGGAGUCGAGUCAGUCCUCGAUUCAGCAAUGA